GGCUCGGCGCGGCUCCACCAGUGGGCUCCCGGACCUGGCCGAAGCCGCCGCAGCGUGUGUCUGUCUCUCGUGCGGCGGUCGCAAACUCCGCUGCAGAGAGUUGUCUCUCUACCUCUCGCCCGCCGACUGGAAAUCUCCUCCUAAAGAAAACAAGAGCAAACAAGCGCCCAGCGACGCCAGUCGUCGUCGUCGUCCUCGAAUCGUCCUGGUGGCCGCCGUCGUCGCCGUCCUCGCCGUGAAAGUGGAUCCCGCCAGGCGCAGCGAGUCCCGGGAGACCCUGGCGCGCGCGAAGCUGGCCGUCGCCGCCUCCGCAGCGCGGAAGAUGCUAGGCGUGGCUGCCUCUGCCAAGCUAGACAGAUAACAUUUGCCUAGGCGCGGCCGGGCCCUUCGUGCCCGCGUCGCGGUCCGUCGUCUUUGCGCCUGACCCUCCCCUCCGCCGUCGUCCUCGCCGGCCAUGUCGCCGUCGGUGUGGUCCGAGAGGUCCGAGGGCUCCGAGCGGGCGCCCCUGCUGAGGCUCCCCCUGCCGGGUGCCUCGCGGACCCCGGGGGCCCCGGAGGGAGUCGUCGAGAGGGACUCGCAGUGGCGCCAGCACAUGGCCGCCAUACUAGGCACCCUGCUGUCCGUGUCGGCCGGCACGGUGCUGGGCUGGACGUCGCCCGCGCUGCCGCUGCUGGGGCUGCCCGAGCAGGCCGAGGCGUGGGUGGGGUCGCUGGCGCCGCUGGCCGCGCUGCUGGCCGCCCUGCCGGCCGGCAUGCUCGCCGACCGCCUCGGGCGCCGACGCCUGCUCAUCUGGCUCGGACUACCCUACCUGCUGGGCUUCGUCAUGCUUGCCUUUGCCAGCUCCAGCAGGCUGUGGCUGGUGUAUCUGGGCCGGCUGACGUGCGGCGUCUCCAUGGGCGCCAGCACGCUGGUGUUGCCCCUGUACUGCGACGAGCUGGCCGAGGACCGCAUCCGCGGCGCGCUCGGCGUGUACCUGGACCUCAACAUGACGGUGGGCAUCCUGUUCGUCUACGUGCUCGGCGCCUACCUGACCGUCUUCUGGAUGUCGCUCGCGUGCGCCGCCGUGCCGCUCGUCUUCCUCUGCACCUUCCCGCUCAUGCCCGAGUCGCCUGUGCACCUGCUCGCCAAGGGCCGCCACAGCCGCCGCCCCCGGGCCCCGCGGACCCGCCGGCCCCCGCCACCAGGCGCGCGGUGUGCCUGGUGCUCGGGCUCAUGGGCUUCCAGCAGCUGUGCGGCAUCAACGCCAUCAUCUUCUACACGGUCGACAUCUUCCAGGCGGCGGGCAGCUCGGUGUCGCCCUGGGUGGCCACCAUGGUGGUGGGCGUGGUGCAGGUGGCCGCCUCGGUGGUGUCCUUCGCCGUGGUGGACCGCCUGGGCCGGCGCGUGCUGCUGGCGUCCUCGUGCGCGCUGAUGGCGCUCUCGCUGGCCCUGCUCGCCGCCUACUUCUACCCGGGCUCCCCGCUGCGCGCCUGGGGGGCGCUGCCCGUCACCGCGCUCUCCGUCUACAUCUUCUUCUACUCGUGGGGCUUCGGCCCGCUGCCCUGGUUCAUGAUGGCCGAGCUGCUCCCCGUCGACGCCAAGGAGUGGGGCACGGCGGCGGCCAUCGCCACCAACUGGGCGCUCGUCUUCCUCGUCACCAACACCUUCCAGGGCUUCGUCGAGGCGACGGGCAGGUCGGCGACGUACGCCAUGUUCAGCGGCGUCUGCGUGGCGGGCCUCGCCUUCGUCGCGCUGCUCAUCCCGGAGACCAAGGGCCGCUCCCAGGAGGACAUCCAGGCCAUGCUGCAGGAGGGCCGGGUCACCUGAGGGCUCAGUCAACUCCCAUUGGCCGUUGGUCGGGUACGAAAGAAUGAUACGUUGGCGCAUGUUGGUGACGUGAGUAAUUUUGACGAAAAUAUUCGAGAAACGUUGUAAUAUUGUCGUCGUAUAACUGUAAUAUUGCUGUAUUAUGGUCAAUAGUAUGAGUAGUACUGAUGUAAUGUCGACAGGACAGGGAGAUACAAGCAAGAAAAUGUUACUGUUAACAGUAAUUACAAAGUUAACACAACAGCACUAAUGACAAAUUCGGACAAAUUGAAUAUUGAAAAUUUGGAGCAUGCAGAGAUGCACACGAGAGUUCGCGGGUCAUUGUCUAGUAUAAUAGGCUCCAUGAGCGUUUCUCAGCUCCGCUUUCGGGCAGUUGCUGGUGGACUUUGUUCGUCAGGACGCUGUUUUAAAUGACAUAUUUGGGUAUAUUUGGACAUCAUUUUUAUUAUUUUUUAUCACAACCCGAUGUUAACAAUCACAGAGAAGAACAGUUUUCACAAUGCUUUUUUUUCAAUGUUUUCUCAAACUUUUGUCGUAGACAUCCCUUUCGUAUAACUUAUCAGAAAACAAAAUUUCCGUUUUUCAUUAAUUCCUACUGAGACACAUAGAAAACACAGAAUAUAAUUUAGUAUCCUUAUGUUAAUAUUUUGAAACACUAAGAAAAUCGAGAAAGUGAGUAUGGCAACGAGACGCCAGUUUUAUUUUAUUUUUUGUUAUCUGUUUGAAUGAAGUUUUGAAUACGAAUGAAUUGAA